UGAGAUCUUUUAGAUGGUUUGGUACUGUUUGUUAGUGUGUUUCUUUUGUUGUUUGAAAUGCGAGAGAUAUAACCUAUAAUUUAAUUAUAUUUUUGUAUUAGGCUGGGUCGCCGAGUUGAUCUACAACUUUUAAUUUUGAUUUAAAAUUUCAUGUUUUUAAAUACUAAAAAUGAGUAGUACAUUACAGUUUCGAGAAGUAAUACCAGAUCAAACUCGGCCGGAAAACUGGAAGGAAAUAACCUUAAAUACCGGUGGAACACCAAGCACUUUACAAGAUGUGAAAGUACAGCAGCGAGCUGGUGGUUUCUGCUACAAGCGGCCUAACCUUAAGAACCGCUUUAUCUAUUGGCGAACAAACCAUGACGUUUUGGAGUUGGUGGAAGAGAGCUUGGAUGUGAACUUAGUCGGCAACCACCUGCGUUAUCGUUUCACGGACACGCCGAUACUGGAGGGCAUCUCAGUACAUGAAACAAUCAACAGUGUGGUGGUGCUGGUGGCCACUGUAUCCAGUGUACACCGCCUUACCUACAGACAUCCGGAUAAGAUCGUGGUGCAGGAGAAUAGUGAGCUGAGAGUACCUUCCAUAUUCCGAGAUGUAACCGCUCUUGAGGCCAGAGAUCCCUCCACCUACCAUGUGAUCAACUCCACUCCCUGCCUGCCGCACACGAGUGCUUCCUGCCUGACAGCCAAGUGCGAUGCAGUGUUCGCCCUAGCUCUAGCAACAGGUUCCAUCCUGUUGGUAACCUUGGACACCCCCACUGGCAGUACAUCCACACUGGAGCUACGACAUGAGUCACUCAUGCCCAGGUUCCUGUCCGGAAUCACAGAGGCCUUCCUAGGCCGUAACAGUGAAGACACAGUACCAGUGAGUUUGGUGCUCCACAAUAUUCAUAAUGAGAUGUAUCUCUUUUCCGUGUGUCAGAACGGCCAGUUGCGAGCUUGGUCUUGUAGUCGAGUGCAGUGUCUUUCCUUUACAGACGUCUCCGACAGGCAUGAACCUCGUGUGCUUGGAGCCCAGAAACAUGUAAUCCGUAAGACAACGAACAGCCGUGGAGAUUUGGUACUGGGCAUCUACUUCUGUUUCUCUGAGCGAAGUCACAUUGUCGUGGUGGAGCCUAGGCUGGACUCUGGCAUCUGCACCUACACCACUCACAACUCCAUCUUUACUCUUGAGAACCAUGACCUGGUGGAGAUGCUGCUGGCAGACGGUGGGCAGGAGGUAUGGUGUGUAUGGGUAACAGGGACUGGAGAUACUGCGGUUUCUCAUACUCACGUGAACUCUGGCUCCUGGUCGUGGGUGACCUUGGAGCCUCCACCGCCUCUCACCCUGUCUCCUGACCCUACUCUUGACCCCCGUCAGCUGUACCUUGAUGCCAUCUUCCGUCCAGGCCUCUUCAGUGUUAGCGACAUCACCAAGGCGCUCACGAUAAACCGGCGAGGGCUGAGCGAGCUUGACCAGUCAGAACUGAACCUGAGACACCAGGUAUGUCUGAUGGUGGGACAGGAGAUAAUUGCUGAGGUCUCCCAAUAUGACCCGACAGAUGAGGAGUACAUUGAGGUGGCUCAGAGGUGCUGGUCCAGACUGUACUCGUGCUGUGUACAGUACCACCAGACAGGUACCCCAGCUCUCAGUCUGUUAUCGCUGCCCAACUGCAUGUUGGUACUCAAGAAACACGGACUCUCGUUGCUCAGGCCACUCGACUACCUGGAGUCUACUGUACUUGACGGCAGGCUCACUUCAGAUGAUGGAGAGUCGUACCUGAUGCGGGUGCUACUCUCUAUAGAUCCUGGAGAAGAAGCAUUCAGCAAGGUUGAUCAGGCCCUCCACUUGCACACAGUUCUCGAUGCACCGAUCUCAGAGCUUGUCAGCGAGAUGGAUUUAAAUAACCUGGAGAGCAUUAUACAAACCCAAUCGAAAAAGCAGUUACUACCAGCAAUAGCCUCUGUUCUGAGAAUCUUAAACGAUCCUGAGACCAGCAUUAGAGAAGGUGAGAUGCUGGAUUCAGAAGUUGGUCAUGUUACAGACAGUCUGUCACACUGUCUACGUAGUGACCUUGGUCUCAGCACCAUCGUAUCUAGUCUCGACCAGAUCGUCAAUGUCAGGUUGAGCAUAUGCCGAUGGAUACUGGUGCUGCUGCGGCUAUGUAAAUGGGAUACCAGCGAGACUCAGCUGUGGAUGAGUGCACAGAGAGUGGCGCGGCAACUGUGGGCGCAGCGUUGGCUGUGUCAGGCUUUGUCACACAUCCAUGGCCAUCUUGCAUUGACACAGUUUGUCUUCCAAGAGGGCAUCACACAACAUUCCAUUCUCAAGUCAGCCAGCACUCUUGCUCACUACACAUGGCCUGGAAGUCCUGAUGAGUGUGGUAGGCUUGCUCAAUUCCUUCUAGAUACAAAGGAACAUCUGCUGGUGCAGGAGUUGGCAAGACUGGCUCCAUCCAAAACUUGGCACAUACUGUUGGUGCAUUCACUUCUAGAAACUGGAGAAGCAUACAAGGCAUUUGACUUGGUUUCCAUUAGAGGAGCUGAUGUUCCACAUUACUUACAGAUGAUCCAGCUGUUCAAGGAACACAACUGCCCUGACCUGGUGUUGGAGUUGGCUCAGCUGGCGGUCACCGAGGCGGAACCUGAUGAUCCUAAUCUGCCCAUGCUGCGUUCGGUAACAUUCAAGCACCACCUGGAGCUAGGUCACUUUGAGGCAGCCUACUCAGCACUGGAAGCCAACCCGGAUGAGGGGAGGCGGGAGAACUGCCUGCGAGACCUGGUCGUGGCACUGGUAGAGGCAAGGCAGCUGCGGCUACUGUUAGAUCUGCCGUAUAGUGGCAUGCUCGCCCAGCUAGAGGCCUUGUUGGAAAACAAGGCGCGUACACGUGACUCUGCUACAGCUGCUAUCUAUUACAACGUCCUUUUCUCUCUUCAUGUCAAGAAUAUGAACUUCCGCAAGGGUGCCUCGGUGAUGUUAGAGCAGGGUAUGAGAGCCGAGAGUGCAGAUGUCCAACAGCAAUGUUAUGCAGUUUGUCUCAACACACUGAUGCUGGUAGACCCCAACUACGCUUGGAUAGUAAAACCAACUGGCCAACAAGAGGAAACAGUGGAAGUGUUGGAGCUGAAGGACAUUCGUAGGGAAUACCACUUGGCCUUAGCCCGCAGCAAACUGCCAAACAGUGCGACAGACACUUCAGCGAACGAGGUGGUAGCGCAGUGUGUGGCCAAUGGACACUACAAAACUGCGCUCCGGUUGUGUCACCUCUGGGGUCUCCGCUACCACCAGCCGCUAGAGGCCCUGACUGUCGCCUGUGUGGAGAUUCAAGACAAUGAUAAGGCAUGGGAGUGGCUCUUCCUCAACGAGAUUUCUGACGUAGUGGCAGGAGAUGCCAAUGCAAGUACAAUUGCCUGGCGUCUGCUAGAGUUCCUGCUUAACAAGUAUGAGGUCGAUGGUCACAGCACACUGCACAAAGUCGUUGCGGCAAAACUCAUGUCUUUAUGCGUGUUUUUGCCCCAUUGGCUGGAAGCAUCUUAUAAGAAACGUAAUAGUGCAGAGCUGCUGCGGUUGUACUUAAGUCACGGAGACCUGGGACAGGCGAGCCAGUUGGCCUGUGAGAUACUGGCGGCGGCAUUGGGACAAGGACGGGAACACUUUGGUCUGAGCCAUAGCCUGGUCGCCACUGCUCCUCCACUUUGGUUGCCCCUCAACACUAUUGACCGCUUAUUGGCCGAACUCACACACUAUAAGAUGGAUGCAGAGCUUCGACUCGUUGUUGACAAGUACAUUGAAACUUGCACCAGAGUCUCCAAUGAUAAGAUCAGCUCUCUUACAUUAUAGCAGUGUUGAAAUAUGAUUUCCUCACUGCCUAAACAUUUGUAUUGUAAUAUUGUAUUAGGUCUUAUUAUCUGUACCAACCAUUUGUUGUGUAUUCUUUAAAUAUAAUUUUUAUAAAAUUCA